AUGGAGGCAGCUCUUCGUGACACAGGCUCAGUGGAGGUGAAUGGCUUUCCAAUUCACUACAACCGCUAUGGAACUGGAUCGACGGUCGUCCUUCUCAUUCCCGGAGCAUUGGGCACCGCUGUAACGGACUUUCGCCAGCAGCUCGAGGGCGCUGACGCCUUCAACCUGAAGCGCUACACCUUUGUGGUGAUUGAGCUCGCCGGUUGGGGCCGUUCCCGGCCGCCCAAGCGACCCUACGGUCUCUCCGUUUACGACAAUGAUGUCACUUGUGCGGCAAAGUUGAUGGAGCACCUCAACUACCGCAACUACUCCGUCAUCGGCUGGUCAGACGGCGCCAAGGUGGCCAUCCUCCUGGGCAUCUUCCAGCCAUCUCGCGUCAACGCCAUCGUCGCCUCGGGCAUCUUCACCUUCUGCACUCAAACGAACAUCCUCCCCACCAUCAAGACACAGAAUGUCGACCACUGGGACAUUGGCCUACGAGCCAAUUACGUCGCCGUCUACGGUGAGGAGUCGCUGCAGUCGCUCUGGGACGACCACAUCAACUUCUGCAAAGACCUUCAUGCGAAGGUGCUGGCGCACGUUGAGAAUCUGAAACCUGAAGAGCGUACAAAGGACGUUCGAGUUGCUAUUCACGAGCAGCUCUAUCAUGGUCAAGGGAAGAUUCGCUGCCCAGUGCUCAUUGUGCACGGAGAUAAGGACCCACUGAUUGGCCUUGACCAGGCGACCUACUGCAAGGCCAGCAUCGCCAACUGCCAGCUGAAGCGCUUUCCCGAGGCGAGCCACAACGUCCACCAGAGCCACGCAAAGGAAUUUAGAGAUGCAGUUGUCAAGUUCCUAGACGAGAGCUCUGAUUUCUUUUAG